AUGCAGACUCUACAAUAUAUGCGCUCUCUACUGCAACCGGACGAGCAGCCAUUGCAGUCGUGCGCGUAUCAGGUCCGGCCUGUGCCUCGUCUCUGCCCAAAUCAUCCCCUCCCAAAGCCUCGCUAUGCAGCCCUUCGCACUCUCUACGAUCCAACCCAACCCCCAACCACAAACACAAUUCUGGACGCCGGCGCUCUAGUCCUCUACUUCCCCUCUCCCCGAACAGCAACAGGCGAAGACAUCCUCGAACUCCACAUCCACGGCGGCCCAGCAAUAACAAAAGCCGUCCUCUCAGCAAUCGCGCAAACAAACACCCCAGACCAAACAGUCCGCUACGCCGAAGCAGGCGAAUUCACCCGUCGCGCCUUCAUGAACGACCGUCUCAGCCUACCUCAGAUCGAAGCACUAAGCGACACACUCUCCGCCGACACAGAGCAGCAGCGAAGACUAGCCGUGCGCGGCUCGAGCGAUGCGUUGCUGAACCGGUAUGAGCAGUGGCGCCAGGGUCUGCUGUAUGCGCGCGGCGAGCUGGAAGCGUUGAUUGAUUUCUCCGAGGAUCAGCAUUUCGACGAGUCGACUGAGGAGCUUGUUUCGUCUGUUGCGGGACAGGUGCGCACGCUGAGCGUGCAGAUCGGGUUCCAUAUUGCUAAUGCGUCGCGUGGGGAGUUGCUUAGGAAUGGUAUUCGGGUUGCGCUUUUGGGGGCGCCGAAUGCGGGCAAGAGUUCGUUGCUUAAUCGCGUUGUUGGGAAAGAGGCAGCUAUUGUUAGUACGGAGCAGGGGACUACCAGGGAUAUUGUGGAUGUUGGGGUUGAUCUUGGGGGGUGGUAUUGUAAACUUGGGGAUAUGGCGGGCAUUCGGGCUGAGGGGGGUUCGGGUGAUGGUGAGGUGGUUGUUAUUGGGGCCGUUGAGAAAGAGGGGAUUCGUCGGGCUAGAGAGAGGGCCUUGGAGUCCGAUGUUGUUAUUGUGGUUGUUUCACUGGAAGACACUGCCGCUGGUGUCCGGUUGUUCGUUGAGCCGGAGGUGCUUGGUGCUGUUAAUGACUGUGUCGAGGCGGGCAAAUGUCUCGUGGUCGCUAUCAACAAGUGCGACAAGCUACAAACGGCUUUGGAACGUGGUGUACCGCAGUCAUUGUCUGAUACUAUCCACGACCUCUUCCCUUCAGUGCCAGCAGACCGCGUGUUUGCCAUUUCCUGCGAGGAAGCUAAGCGGGGAGCAUCUCUCAAUACCACUACAGAUCCGGGUAAUCUACAGGUCUUUCUACGUGGGCUAAUUACGACCUUUGAGCAGAUUGCCUCGCCUCUUGGCGUGGAUGGAGAUGGAGGGUAUGAUCUUUCGUAUUGGGAAGAUUCUCUAGGUGUCACACAUCGCCAAAGUUCUAAUCUUCAAAGAUGUCUCGAUCAUCUGGACGACUUCCUAUCCCAAGCUUCCUCUGCUGAAUGCCCUGACUCCUCGCUCAAGAAAGAACUCGGCUCUUUUGAUUCCCAUGUUGAAUGUGAAGUCGAUAUCGUCACCGCUGCGGAACAUCUGCGCUUUGCAGCUGAUAUGUUGGCCAAGAUCACAGGAAAAGGUGAGAGUGGUGAUGUUGAGGAUGUGUUGGGAGUUGUUUUUGAGAAAUUCUGUGUCGGCAAGUGA